CAGGUUGCGGGGCGGCCUCAGCCCGGAAAUGACGCCGCGGCCAAGAUGGAGCCGACCCGCACUGGACGGGUUUAGGAGCCGUUGCUGUGGACGGAGAGACGGGGAUGUGAGCGGCCAUUGAGGGCAGCCAGGGUGCCGGUGAGCCCCCCCACAUCUGCUCGGAGUGCGGACAGACUUCGAGGGGCUGAUCAUCGGUGGAGAAACACAUGACGGGGCACAACAAGGAGAAGCGUUAUGAGUGCGACGUGUGUGGCAAGGCCUGCCUGUGCCCGAGCAAGCUGGAGAUCCACCGGCGGGUGCACACGGGCGAGAAGCCCUAUGCCUGCUCCACAUGCGGCAAGAGCUUUACCUGGCUGUCGGGGCUGCGGGACCACCAGCGGGUGCACAGCAGUGAGCGGCCCUUCACCUGCUCCGACUGCGGCAAAGGCUUCAAGUCGUCCAAGGACCUGAAGGUGCAUAGGCGGUUGCAUACCGGGGAGCGGCCCUUCACCUGCAGCGAUUGCGGCAAGGGCUUCACCCAGUCCUGCAACCUGCUGCAGCACCAGCGCACCCACACCGGCGAGCGCCCCUACACCUGCGCCCAGUGCGGCAAGGGCUUUGCCCAAUCCAGCAGCCUGCUGGUGCACCAACGCACCCACACCGGCGAACGCCCCUACACCUGCGCCCAGUGUGGCAAGGGCUUCACCCAUUCCAGCAACCUGCUAGAGCACCAGCGCACCCACACCGGCGAGUGCCCCUACACCUGCGCCCAGUGUGGCAAGGGCUUCACCCAAUCCAGCAACCUGCUGAGGCACCAGCGCACCCACACCGGCGAGCGCCCCUACACCUGCGCCCAGUGUGGCAAGGGCUUCACCCAAUCCAGCCACCUGCUGGUGCACCAGCGCACCCACACUGGCGAGCACCCCUACACCUGUACCCAGUGCGGCAAGGGCUUCACCAACUCCAGCAACUUGCUGAAGCACCAGCGCAUCCACAGCGAUGAGCGCCCCUAUCCCUGCACCCAGUGCGGCAAGGGCUUCACCUGCUCCACCAGGCUGCUGUCCCACCAGCGGGUGCACGCCGGCGACCGUCCCGUCCCCAGCCCGGUGUGUGGAGAGCGCUUUGCCAUGGCCUCCCACGCCCUGUCUCACCAGCACGUGCACACCAGUGGCCAGCCCUACGACUGCCCGUACUGUGGUGAGGCGUUUGACAGCUCGCGGGGGUUGCGGCAGCACCGGCGGGCCCACGCCGGCGAGCAGCUGCUCCCACUGUGACAAGAGAGCAUGGGGGCUGCGGGAGCACCAGCGGAUACACACCAGAGAGAGACCCUUUGUGUGCGCUGAGUGUGGCAAGGGUUUCACCCGCAUGUCCAGCCUGUGGCAGCACCGGCGUACCCACAGCGGUGAGCGUCCCUUCCCCUGCCCGUCCUGUGGUAAGGGCUUCACCCGCCUUGACCACCUGCUGGAGCACCGGCGAGUCCACACCGGCCAGCGCCCCUUCACCUGCCCGCUCUGUGGCAAGGCCUUUGCCCGCUCCUCCAGCCUGCUGGCACACCGCCACGUGGAUAGAUAGGCGCUGUUUAGGUAAACACAAAAUGCUGGAAGGAAUGGGUAACGUUUCUGGUCGAGACCCUCCUCAGUCUUGACCCGAAAUGUCACCCAGUCCUUCUCUCCAGAGAUGCUGCCUGUCCCGCUGAGUUACUCCAGCAUUUUGUGUCCUUUUUUGUAAACCAGCAUCUGCAGUUCCUUGUUUUUAAACCAUUCUGGUUAACCAUCUCUGCACCUUCCCCAAAGCCUCCACAUCAGUCCUGUAAUGGAGUGACCAGAACUGUAUGCAAUACUCCAAAUGCUACCUGACCAAUGUCCCUUAAAGCUGCACAUAUACAUUCCUCUCUCCUUAUCUCACAUCCUUUUAUCUUCUUAUUUUUUCUCCCCUCUGUCACUUACUUCACUCAUCUGCC